AUGACCUGUAGCUCAAUUGAUGGAUACACUGAAACAACUUCUCAGAUUGCAAUUCAACAAGUCGGAGAAUCUUUAUUAGUCGGAACAUGUACUGUAGUAGAAGACCCACUUUAUGUCACUUUGAAACUGGAUGAUUUUAGCAUGCAGAUAGACGCCCCAAUCCCUCUAGAACCACUGUCGAUCAGAAAGUCUAUUGUGAAAGAAGAUCAUGUAAUAUGUAUGUCUCAUUUAGUUCUUUACGAAGAUGGCACUACAAUACUUUCUCUUCUGAAACACUUCAAAAAUUCAGCCGCCAAGAUAAUGAUAUAUGCUGCAAGUGUCAGCGACAGUCUUUAUAAAGCUCUCGAAGAGUACGCCGAUAACGUGGAAGUUGUUCCCUGGAUGCUUCCGGAGGCGAAGAAACGAGGAGAUUUCGAUAAAUUAAAACUGGAUCCAAAUUAUUCAAAAGCUGGAACAGAAGGAAGUUUGACUCAUUGUUUCUUGAGAUAUGCACCAGUUGUUCGAAAAGUUACAUUGAUUGAUCUAGCCACAUUGAAAUUCAAUUCAAUCCCAUUUAAUCCUGAUUACACCCUCAGCAAAGAAGUCACAAGUAUGGUAACAGAAGGAUGGAGGCUGAAGAAGUUGACCAAUUAUCGUGUCACAAUGAAUUCCCGUAAGAUGUUCAAAAACGUUCAUGGCAAUAAAAAAAAGCUUGCAGAGAAUGAUGUCGUAUUGAAUGAGAAAUGUUUCGUUCGACAGGAUGCGCAAGAUUUGGAUAAAGAAUGCGGAGAUUUGCAGAGUCCCGAAAUGGAGACCACCCCGUCCCGCUCGAUUUACAUUCCAAAAGUGGUUCAAUUUGACAAUUUGAGUAUUUACGAAGAUGCACUCGGACGAUGCACCUCCUACAAAUCAACAAUCGAAGAUAGACAGAAACUAAUGAAAUUCGAAUUCGAAUUGGAGAACCGCGUGUCUUCGGAAGUAUGUGAAAUUGAAUUAAUGCGUGACGAUUUCAAAUGUCGAGUGGCAAUGGAUUACAGCAAGAAAAUGUUCAGACGAAGGACACGUCUUCUGAUUACUCACAAAAGGGCAUUUUUACGGUUUUGGGAUGGUUGUCACUUAUAG